UAAAAGGAUUUAGAUUCAAGGUAUCGAGAAGAAGGAACAAGAACAGCACAACUCCGCCUCUCUUUGGCUUUCGCCUCGCCUCGCGUCCUUCAUCUCGCCGCCUGCGGCAACCACCGCGGCCUCGGAUUAGGGUUUGGUUUCUGGUUCGGUUGGUGCGCGGUUGGAGGUUUCUUGAGGAUUUUUCUGGAUAUUUGGUCGAGGCCUGAGUGGUGGCGGAGCUUGGGACGUAGAGGGGCUGGAUCUUGGCGGUGCAAAGAGGAGGAGGACUCCGGCGAUGUGCAGGCCGAGUUGCAUCUGUUCGUUUCCGUAGAGUCUGGUGUCCUUUGGUUGAGGGUUUUGCGAGUGCAUUUUCGAUUGGAUCCGGUUGCUGUUUUGCGCGGUGGGUCGGUAGGUUGGAGAUUGGGAGUGGGACUACGGGAUCUGUAGAAGGGGCUGAGUAGAAAAUGUUGCUGAAUUCCGUAAAAUUCUGUUCUUUUUGACAGCUUGUGUAGAGUUGUACUUUGCCUGCGAGAAAGAAGGAAAAAAAGGGAGUCGUGAAGAAAGAGGGAGAAGUGAAGAGAAAAUAAGCAAAUUUGGAAGGAAAACAAAAUUUGUUGAGAAUUCAAGCUCUUAGCUGUAAAAAUGCAGCAAGAUCAGCGAAAGAAGAACUCACCGGAGUUGGAGUUUUUUAGUGAGUAUGGCGAUGCUAGUAGAUACAAAAUUCAAGAGGUUAUUGGCAAAGGUAGCUAUGGAGUUGUCUGCUCAGCAAUUGAUGUGCUUACUGGUGAGAAGGUGGCAAUCAAGAAGAUUCAUGAUAUUUUUGAACACAUCUCUGAUGCUGUUAGAAUCUUACGUGAGAUCAAACUUCUUCGCCUCCUACGACAUCCUGAUAUAGUGGAGAUUAAACACAUAAUGUUACCUCCAUCAAGGAAGGAUUUUAAAGAUAUUUAUGUUGUUUUUGAGCUCAUGGAAUCAGAUCUCCACCAAGUCAUCAAGGCAAAUGACGACUUAACAAAAGAACACUACCAAUUUUUUCUCUAUCAGCUUCUUCGUGCUUUAAAAUACAUCCACACAGCUAAUGUCUAUCAUCGUGAUUUAAAGCCAAAGAACAUACUAGCAAAUGCAAACUGCAAACUGAAGAUUUGUGAUUUUGGAUUAGCAAGAGUUGCAUUCAAUGAUACCCCAACAACAAUCUUUUGGACGGAUUAUGUCGCAACCAGAUGGUAUAGAGCUCCAGAGUUAUGUGGAUCAUUUUUUUCUAAGUAUACUCCUGCUAUUGAUAUUUGGAGCAUUGGUUGCAUAUUUGCUGAGGUAUUGACAGGCAAGCCUCUCUUCCCUGGCAAAAAUGUAGUCCAUCAGUUGGAUUUGAUGACAGAUCUUCUGGGGAUACCUUCCUUGGAUACAAUUUCACAGGUACGGAAUGAGAAGGCAAGGAGGUAUUUGAGCAGUAUGAGGAAAAAACAACCUGUGCCAUUUGCACAGAAGUUCCCCAAUGCGGAUCCUUUGGCAUUGAAACUUCUCGGGAAGCUAUUGGCAUUUGACCCUAAGGACCGACCAACUGCUGAAGAGGCAUUAGCUGAUCCAUAUUUCAAAAAUCUUGCCAAAGUAGAGAGGGAACCAUCUUGCCAACCAAUAACAAAAAUGGAGUUUGAGUUUGAGCGUAGAAGAUUGACUAAAGAGGACAUACGGGAACUUAUAUUUCGCGAGAUUUUAGAGUAUCAUCCUCAGUUGCUGAAAGACUACAUCAAUGGAACUGAAAGAGCAAAUUUCUUGUAUCCUAGUGCCAUCGAUCAGUUUAGGAAGCAGUUUGCUUACCUCGAGGAGAAUGGUGGUAAAAAUGGGGCUGUAAUCCCACUGGACAGAAAACAUGUUUCUCUCCCUAGAUCAACAGUGAUCCAUUCCUCGACUGUUCCUCCAGUGGAACAAACAAAUAUGGGCUUUUCGAGAGAGAGGCAAGGAGCCGAUGAGGCAUGCAAGAAUGCUCAGGAUAUCGAAGGGUCAUCUGGAAGUGUAGCAAGGGCUUUGCAGGCAACACAAAGGAUUCCGACAGCUAGACCAGGGAAGGUUGUCGGUCCCGUCAUGCCUUGGGAAAAUGUAAGCGUGACAAUGGAUGCCUAUGAUCACCGACAAUAUAGUAGGAAUCCUGUUCUUCCACUGCAACCAGGUGCCUGUCCAGCAUAUUGUUUCCAUAGUACUAGUACUGCUGGCAGGUUGGAAUCAAUGGCCAACGAAAGUGAAUCCAUAUGCCAUAAGCCACCACAACCAUGUUUGCCCAAUAAGUUCGCACCGGAGAUUGCCCUCAACAUGAGAGCCUCCCCAUUUUAUCUCAUCGGGACGACAAAGGCUGAGCAGCCGGCUGAGAGCCACGCGAUGGAGGCAAACCUUUUGCAUGUGAAUUCCCCCUACAAUGGGAUUGCUGCAGGAGCUGGUUCCGGUCCCCAUAGAAAAGUCGGCACAAUUCAGUUUGGCACGACAAGGAUGUAUUAGGCAGAGACCACUGAUAACUAUGCGACCGGCGGGGAAAUGAAAGGAGCAAUGAAGAAUUCAAAUGCUUUAGGGGCAGCCACUAGGAAGACAAUUGCAUUGGUGGCUAAUUCGACUACAUUCAUAGUAGACAUGUGCAUUUCUUAGUGUAAAAGAGAACAGUAGAGAGGAUCUAGUGAAAGUGUUCAUCUUGUGUUUACAAGUUACAGCAGGGAAAUUGAUUUAGGGAAUUAUUUAACUUUUUAUUUCGACCAGGCGUUCGAUUCGCUAGCCUUGUACAUAUAUGUUGCUUGGGAUUGUUAGUUGAGAAGUUUGGAUUCU